GUUUUAAAUCGUUAAUAUGUUACGUUUUCCCAAUAGUUUGUUAACUAUAUCCGUAGUUUUUAUUUGAUUCUCGGUGGAAGUUUGAACAUCGUCAACAGUAGAACAAUCUUUCCGUACGCAUUGACCGCUUCUUACUGGAGCCAAAUUUAUACACGGAUUAAACAUGGAAUGGAGGGUGAUAAACACAUUCCUAAAACUGGCAUCAUUACAAACAUAGAUACGUAUGUCUAAAUUUAGUCGUUCAAUCUGAUCACCAUUCUUUUCCCCUAGAAAAUUAUCUGUAGAUAUAAAGGGCUAAUAGCCAACCCUAGAAUUCAAAUUAAAAAAAAAAAAAAAAAAAUCACCAUCAAAUGAUUAAGUUAGGUUUCAUCCUCCUCAUUGUUCUUGGCUAUGCAGUCGCAACUGUCAAGCCAAAGCCAAAGCAUAAAGAUUAUGCUUCAAGUGACGUUCAUCACAUCUUCAACCGGAGUAGUUUUCCCCCUGGUUUCAUAUUCGGAUCUGCCGGAGCGGCUUUUCAGUUUGAAGGUGCUGCAAAAGAAGGGGGUAGAGGACCAUGUGUUUGGGAUACAUUCACUCACAAAUAUCCAGAUAAGAUAACGGACCGCAGCAAUGGAGACGUGGCUGCUGAUUCAUAUCAUCGAUAUAAGGAAGAUGUUGGGAUUCUCAAGGAUAUGGGUUGGGAUUUUUACAGAUUUUCUAUCUCAUGGUCUCGCUUGUUACCUAAUGGUAAGCUAAGUGGGGGAGUGAACAAGGAAGGACUAAAAUAUUACCAAAACCUCCUCAAUGAGCUUCAAGCCAAUGGUAUAAAACCCUUUGUGACACUCUUUCAUUGGGAUUUUCCCCAGGCUUUGGAGGAUGAGUAUCUUGGCUUCUUAAGCCCUACCAGUGUGAGUCAUUUUGUGGACUUUGCAGAACUUUGCUUUAAAGAAUUUGGUGACAAAGUUAAGCACUGGAUCACGUUAAAUGAGCCUCAAACUUAUAGCGUCCAAGGUUAUUCAGUUGGAGCAUUUGCUCCAGGCCGAUGCUCUAACCAUACAAAAUGCAAAGAGGGUGGAAACUCGGCAACGGAGCCAUAUUUGGCCGCGCAUCACCAACUUAUAGCUCAUGCAGCCGCUGUAAAAGUGUAUAGAGAAAAGUACCAGGCUUCACAAAAGGGUGUGAUCGGAAUAACAGUUAACUCAGGUUGGUCUGUUCCAUUUUCUAAUUCAACGGAAGAUAAAGCAGCUGCAAUUAGAGCACUUGAUUUUUCAUAUGGAUGGUAUAUGAAUCCAGUGACAAAGGGUCGAUAUCCAAAGAUUAUGCAAACCCUAAUUGGAAGUCGAUUGCCCAAGUUCACCAAAGAGCAAUCCAAUAUGCUAAAGGGUUCGUGUGAUUUUAUUGGGUUGAAUUACUACUCAUCGUCUUAUGCAAAAGAUGUUCCUGUUAAGGCUGCACAGCCAAGCCAGUCAACCGACGCCCAGGUCGAAUCAUUAAACAACCGCAACGGAGUCCCCAUUGGUCCAAUGGCUGCUUCAGAUUGGCUUUAUAUUUAUCCACGAGGACUUCUAGAUCUAUUAACUUACACAAAGAGAAAGUAUAAAAAUCCAGUUAUUUACAUCACAGAAAAUGGAGUUGACGAGGCAAAUGAUCCUAAAUUAUCACUCGAGGAGGCUCUCCUCGACAAUCAAAGAAUUAAAUAUUACGAUGAGCAUCUUUAUUAUGUUCAAGAAGCCAUUAGGAAGGGCGUUAAUGUGAAGGGGUUCUUUGCGUGGGCUUUGCUUGACAAUUUUGAAUGGGCUAACGGUUACACUGUGAGAUUUGGUAUCAUAUAUGUGGAUUUUAAAAAUGGACAAAAAAGACAUUACAAACUCUCAGCUCGUUGGUGGAAGAAUCUUCUUAAAGGUAAUUCCCACUCGGGUUCUAAACAUAAUUCCCCAAGGGGCAGCAUCAAAAACUCGGGUUCAAAACCUAAAUCCUCAAAGGGCCACAAACCUAAAUCCUCAAAGGGCGACAUCCUUUAAUUGCUAUGUGGAUAAUGAGUUUCAUAUAUAUUGUCAUUCUUAUAAUAAUGAAUAAGUUUUUUACACGGGGAAAAGAAGCUCCCUUGAUUGUAAACGGUAAAUACGGAGGAUGCCUCACUCAAAUUAGUGAUUAGGGAUAUGAUAAUUAGUUGAUUAGGAUUUAUUAUUAUUAUUAUUAUUUUAUUUACGAGUAAUUAAGGUUUAAUACCUUCUACUCUACUCAUGUCAUAAUAUAAUCUCU